AUGAAUGCACGUAUUUGCACUUCGUUGCACUCCGUUCCUGGUACUGGGCGUAAGAAAAAAGACGAUGAAGUGAAAUUAUGGUGUGAAAUGAACGACGGAUUGUGCUAUGUUUAUAGAAGUUGCAUACCUGCCAGAAAUGAAUUUGGAAUUCUUGGUAUACAGGUUGCGGGAGAUAUGAUGCACUUAAAUAUCCUUAUAAAAGAUGAUGAUGAAAUUCAUCGCCUUUUUCAUCUUCGCUCAGUAAAAAUUCCCGUACGACCACGCAAUGAAGAAGAUGUGUUGCAAUUUGCAGAAGCAUUGUUGCUUUUACGAAAUAUUAUGAUUGUUAACAUAUCUUUAUUAUUUCAUUCAUCGAGAAUUAGAUCAGAACGUCUCAAGAAACGAAGUUCAAGUUCAAAUAUUACUGUAACUACUCCAGAACAUCCUUCUAUGGAUGGGGAAUAG